AAAUCGAUAUUGGUGCGAUUGAAUUGAUUAAAAAGAAAAUGAAAUUAUAGUCCGUGUAAAUCGAGAAUGAAAUUAAUAUUGUACUGUCAGAAAUUUAUUCCUGACCUACUUCGUUAUCUAAACUUAACAUGGAAUGCGCCGGUUUUACGCUGCGACGUCAGGCUAUAUUCUUUAGUAUUUGGACAAUUGUCCAUGGUGUGGUUCUGCUAAUUAUCCUGGGUACACUAAGUAUUAUUCAAUGGGAUAUAGAAAAAUUGAAAUACAAACGUAUCUAUCACUUGAUGCUUGUUGGUUUGUCAAUGGUACAUUUUAUGUCGGGUAUCUUGAUGCUAAUAGGUGUCUUAAAAAGUUUAAAGUAUAUAUAUAUACCUGGAUUUAUAUUAAGCUUUGUAAUGCCAAUUGUGACUGUGAAUUCCGUUCUAGUGUAUAUGAUAAUUUUUAUUCUAUUUUUCAGUACUUCAAUUUCUCUUUACGGUGCUCGCUUGCAGAUAUCUGUGUUUUGUGUGAGGCGUGAGUACCAAAAUUUGCAAUAUUUUCGAAAUCUACUAACGAAUUGUUGAGUGUCAUAUGAAGACAAGCAAGAUUGUGAAAUUAUGUAAUUAUUUUGCAUUUAUAUGAAAUAUUCUAGUAAAAAUUUCAGUGAAAUUUGUCUCAAUGCUAAUACAUUUGAAA